AAAAAGCAAAAGCUACCAUAGGCAUUAACUCGAACUUUAGUUGCAGUUGCAGAAGAGUCUGUCCACAGUCUAGAGAGAGAGAGAGAGAGAGAGAGAAAAAGAAAAGAAAAGAAAAGAAGAAGCUCCGAGGUCCGAGCUAUCAUCGCUCGGGCUCUAGUCUACAAACAUCUAGUUUUACUUUAAAUUUAUUUUCGGAGUUUCUAGAGAGAGAAGGGGCUUCAGCUCAAUAGAAACCCUAAUUGAUAUGCUCGUUUGAUUCCUUUACAAAUUUGCUGGUCUUCUUCUGGUUUAGUCCGUACAGAUUCUUAGUAUUGAUUUUACUGGGUUAUAUUUGCUGAUAGAUUAUUCCAUGUAAAGUUGUAUGGUCAUCAGACAUGGAAAAGGUUCCAGAAUCAAAGUCAUUUCCUGGAAAAUAUCCUGUUUCGGUCCGGGUAUCAAAUUCAUUAAUGGCCUCAGGGACAGAAGUUGGUCAGGUUUCAAAUGUGCAUAGAGGAUUGUUGAGAGAAGUGGUUCGAUCUAAUGCAAGAGAUUUCCAAGAUUCAGACUCAUCUGCACCUCUAAGGAUGUGGAAGGGAAAAGAUUCUUUGCCUGAACGGGAAGAACUUAUGCCUGAUAUUGUGACAUUUAAGGACAAUGAUGAUUUGCUUGAGGAUGGUGGUUCUAGUUCUUUCUCUGGGGCCAGUCAUCCUGCAGAGCCAAUCGAUACAGAUCUGAUGAAAACAGUGUAUGUACCAAUCGGUCAAAACAAAUCCGAGGCUGCAUGCCUGAUGAAAAGCUUGUCACGGAAGGGACCUUUUCUAGAAGAUCUUUCAAUCAGGGUUCCUCCCAAGAAACCCAGCCCCGCUAUUCUUUCACCAGCAGAGAGUUUGAUUGAAGAACCUGGUGACUUAGGUGUAUUGUCUUCUCCAUUUUCAGUUCCUCGUGCAUCACAAAAUACUGAGAACUCACUCCUUCCACCGGAUUCGGAGGAGAAGGAAUGUGUGUGGGAUGCUUCUUUGCCUCCAAGUGGCAAUGUAAGUCCACAUAGUAGCAUUGACAGUACUGGUGUUGUCACGGCUAUGAGCAUUGUCAAUAGCUGUGCCAGUACAUAUCGCAGUGAUGCCAUUACUAGUGAUGGCAUGCUUAGUAUGGAGAGGAACUGCGAGAGUACAAAAGGCAGCGUUAGAGGGGAUUCUCUCGAGAGUGCAAAAACUAGUAUUAGUCGAGCAAGUGAUAGCAGUGGCCUAAGUGAUGACAGUAACUGGAGCAACAUUACUGGUAGUGCUAAUAAACCUCACAAAGGAAAUGAUCCAAGGUGGAAGGCUAUCCUUGCCAUCCGAGCACGGGAUGGAAUCUUGGGCAUGAGUCAUUUUAAAUUACUCAAAAGGCUCGGUUGUGGUGACAUUGGCAGUGUGUAUCUCUCGGAGCUGAGUAGUACUCGAUGUUAUUUUGCAAUGAAAGUAAUGGACAAGGCAUCCCUUGCAAGUAGGAAGAAGUUGACUAGAGCUCAGACAGAAAGGGAGAUUUUGCAGCUGUUGGACCAUCCAUUUCUGCCAACUUUGUACACACAUUUUGAGACUGAUAGAUUCUCAUGUUUGGUCAUGGAAUAUUGUCCAGGAGGUGAUCUGCACACUUUGAGGCAAAGGCAGCCUGGGAAACAUUUCUCUGAGUAUGCUGCACGAUUUUAUGCUGCAGAAGUUUUGCUGGCACUCGAAUAUCUCCACAUGCUUGGCGUUGUCUACAGGGACUUGAAACCUGAAAAUGUUCUGGUCCGUGAUGAUGGCCACAUAAUGCUCUCAGACUUUGACCUUUCUUUGAGAUGCACAGUUUCCCCCACCCUGAUAAAGAUCUCAUCAUACGAUUCUGAUCCUUCGAAGCGGGCAGCUGGUGGUGCAUUCUGUGUUCAGCCAGCCUGUAUUGAGCCCUCAUCUGUAUGCAUACAACCUGCCUGCUUUAUCCCUCGAAUAUUCCCUCAGAUGAGCAAGAAGAAAUCCCGAAAACCUCGAUCUGACCUUGGAUUUCCAUCUAGUACAUUACCAGAGCUGGUUGCAGAGCCUACUGCAGCCCGGUCCAUGUCCUUUGUUGGAACGCAUGAGUAUCUAGCCCCAGAAAUUAUUAAGGGGGAGGGCCAUGGUAGUGCAGUUGAUUGGUGGACAUUUGGCAUUUUCUUGCAUGAACUACUAUAUGGUAAAACCCCAUUCAAAGGCUCCGGAAACCGAGCUACAUUGUUCAAUGUGGUGGGGCAACAACUCAGAUUCCCAGAUUCACCAUCAACCAGUUAUGCCAGUCGUGAUCUGAUACGAGGCUUACUGGUGAAGGAACCACAACAUCGGCUUGGGGUGAAGAGGGGUGCAACUGAGAUAAAGCAGCACCCCUUCUUUGAAGGUGUGAAUUGGGCUCUGAUACGGUGCAGUACACCACCAGAGGUGCCAAGACCGGUGGAAACUGAGCUUCCCGGGAAGUUUGGGCCCGCUGACCCAGUUGGCGUGAGUAGCAGCAGUAAAAGGAUGGUGGGGACAGACAUGAUGAAGUCUGGGGGUAAAUAUCUGGACUUCGAGUUUUUUUAGUUGGGAUGAAAGGAUUGUUGUGCUGUGUUGUAUGUGUAUCAUCAUUAGUUAAUUCUGCAAGAGUUUUCUUGCAUUAACCAGAGCUGAAUCACUUUAAAGGCAAAAAAAAAAAAAAAAAAGAAUUCAUCACAACUGGAAAUGAAUAGCUUCAGUUCACAGAGUAUGUUGGGUUGAGCUUAGGGAUCACUCUGCGAUCAGACUUUUAGAACAGAUUUCGAUAACCCAGAACCUAGUCUUCAAGUAGACUACUUGUUAUCUUUUCAAUAGGGCUAAUAUUUUGAAUCUGAAUUUAUAAAGAAAUUUUUGCCCUU